AUGAGGCCGAAGCAAAAUAAACGCAAUAUGGGAGACAAUGCCAAUAUGCAGGCAUUGGGAAAGAGAAAGAAUCCCUCGGGUCAACCACAACCAGAUUGGCUCUUCCCUGCUGGCUCUGGUACUGAUGCAAAUAAAGCCUCAGCUACCAAAUCUGGCAAUGAAGGACGAUCGAAGAACAAACAAGCCAAGCAAGUCGCACAAGAUCUCCUCAACCGUCGCGAUGCUGGCGAACCUCCCAAGUCAGGAAUUCCUUCCCAUUUACUCGAUCUUGUCGGCAAAUUCCUCGAACAGCACGAAUUCAUGCAAACCAGUCGCACUUUGAAGACUGAACGUCGUAGCAGAGAUGAGGUAAAAGCAGGAGCUGAAACUGCCUCUUUCUCUCUUGAAUAUAUCUACACUGAAUGGCAAACAUUGAAAGAGGAGAAUGCAGCACUGAAAGCUGCAGCCAUUCAAAAGGACGAAACUUCAAAGCACAAGGCAGCUAAGCCUUCAUCUGCGGAUUCCUCAAGCAGCAGCAGCAGCAGCAGUAGCAGCAAUAGUAGCGACUCCAGCAGUGAAGAGGAAAGUGAUGUUGAGAUGGCAGAUGCUCCUCCAGCCAAGAAGAAUUCUGCCCGAAGAUCUUCCUCAUCAUCCUCAUCAUCCUCAUCAUCCUCUUCGUCCUCCUCCAGCAGUUCCGACAGCGAUGCCGAUGACGAAGAUGAUGCGCCAUCAGCCAUUAAGUCUCCACCGCCGAAGCCAAAAGUCAAUGUCUUGAAGCGCAAAGCUACCUCAGAUAGCGAUUCAUCUUCAUCCGAUUCUGAUUCAUCUUCAUCCGAUGCUAGUUCAACUUCAGGAGAAGAUGCCCCCAAAGCCAAGAAGGCUAAAACAGCUGCCGCUGCCAAAGAGUCGUCGACCUCUUCAUCCGAAUCUAGCUCUGAAGAAGACGAAUCUAAAGCCGCGAAAACUAAAGAUAACUCUAGUUCUUCUGAUUCCUCCGACUCAGAUUCCGGCUCAGACUCCGACUCCGAUUCCGAUUCUUCUACACAAUCGAACGCAAAGAAAAUUCCAUUACCUGAUUCUGACUCUGAUUCACCUUCCGAUUCCAGUUCCAGUUCCGACUCGGAUUCUGGAAGCGAUUCCGACGAAGCUGCAAAGAAGGAGACAGCAACUAGCUCAGACACAAGCGAGACUCUUUCUGAAGGCAAGAGUCCACCAAACGAGAAAGAAUUAGAUCCACCAUUGCCACCAAUGCCUGCUGCCAAGCUUCCUAGGAAACAGAACGUACCAUUUUCUCGCAUUCCCAAAGACACCAAAGUCGACCCGAGAUUGUCUAGUAAUGCAUAUGUACCAUAUGAUUACGCUCAGAAGGCUCAUGAGGAUUUGAUCGUUACAAAAGGCAAAGGGUUUACCAAGGAGAAGAACAAGAAGAAGCGUGGAAGUUACAGAGGUGGUUACAUUGACGUAGAAGGUAAAAAAGGCAUUAAAUUCGAUGACUAG